AUGUUGAUCACCCAGUGGUGGACCAUGGUUUUCCGCGCCUCGGUUCAGGCUGCAAAUAUAUCCUCGCAUGCAAGAUACACGAUCAAUUCUCUUCGAAGUGAGCUGGAGCAACUAAGUGUGUCUGUAUCGGAACGGGCCUCCAAUCUGUUCGCCCAGGCUAUGACAACGGCUAGACAAUGCAAUGACAAGUCCUCGGAGGUCCUCCUAGUCCAGACAGCACUCCUGGGCACUCAAAUGCCAGAGUCAGCUGUGAAUUGCGACUGGGUUGCACUUUGUCACACCAAGUUCCAGCCUGGAUCCGGAUAUGCGUCACGGGAAGCCUCGUCAGGGCAGGCGUACUCGUUGAAGAUGCUCUCGAAAUCUAUCGACUUUCUCAUGGAAUCAGAACAGUGGCUUGCAGCAAUGGACAGUCAGAAACAUUUGAUACGCGUGGCUCUCAAAAGGCGACCUUUGGUGUCGAGGGUGGUUCCGGACUUUCCAAAGGAGAUUGCAAGGUACUUCCACAUCUCUCAGAAACUUCGCAGUGUCAUGAAGAAUUUGCCUGCCACCUUCUCCCUGGAACCCCCUCGUCGGCAGUUCCUAUGCCCGGAAAUUCACGACCUUACUCUGUUUGGGCCUGAUCUGGAACUCCUCGAUGACUUUGCGAAACGGAAGCGAAGCUACAUUAAAUCCCAAGAUUGCCUAGGACGCACGCUUCUCCAUCUUGCCUGUGAUCCUCCGAAUCCUGACCUCGUGUACAAGUUGCUGUAUUACGCAGUGAACUUGAACGCUCAGGACGAAUGUGGCCAGACUGCUCUGCACUAUCUCUGCAAUGGGACUAAGAAGGUCCCGUGGGGACCCUUGGCUGCUGGAGCAUCGAUACUGGAACAAGAAGAGGAACGGCGGCUACAGUCUCUGACUGCGCUUCUCUCAACAGCGUCAACAGACAUCGGAAUCAAGGACAAGGACGGUGCUUUUGCACACCAGUACGCUAUGGAACAUAAGCGGCAUGACGUGGUGCUGAAGAUCUGGGAACGAGGGCGAAGCUCGAGUGACGAGGCAAAGGUGUCAAUAAUCGCAUGUUAUAACGAGAUAAGCAAAGCCAGAUAA